AUGGCAACUGCUCGUCUAGCCAGAUUUAUAACUGAAGUGGCGCCUCCUCAGUUCGUAAGCGUUAUGAGGCGCCGAACAAGGACAAUGCUCGACACUAUACACGAGGAGGAAAAAGAAGGCGGGAACUAUAUUCAUCUGCCUUCUUCCCUUGCCGGCUCGAUUUCAUCUCUGGAUACUACAAAGCCUAACCAGCUUCUCAAGGAGGUUCAGAGAUUUAUAACUGAAGUGGCGCCUCCUCAGUUCGUAAGCGUUAUGAGGCGCCGAACAAGGACAAUGCUCGACACUAUACACGAGGAGGAAAAAGAAGGCGGGAACUAUAUUCGUCCGCCUUCUUCCCUUGCCGGCUCGAUUUCAUCUCUGGAUACUACAAAGCCUAAUCAGCUUCUCAAGGAGGUUCAGAGGUCUUUAUCCGUCUUUCACGAAUAA